AUUCCAGCAUUUUACUUGUCACACUGAUGGGUGAGAUGUCUUUCAUAUUGGCACAGGACACUGAGCGGAUGCCUCCCCUUAUGUUAUCAAACAAGAGACCUGCUGAACAAAUCUAUCCAGAGCGCUUCCUUUGCAGCUUGGGAACAUCAGUGCCACUGUGGCUCUUUGGACUGGCUUUAGAUAAUUUUGACCAUGGCUGUAGAACCCAGCAGUUCAGAAUCCACGAGAAGGAGAGUUGGAAGGAGGAUGAAGAAGAUGAGCAACAUUUAUGAGUCAGCAGCCAACACGCUGGGAAUCUUUAACAGCCCCUGCCUGACCAAAGUGGAGCUGCGUGUGGCGUGCAAAGGCAUUUCUGACAGAGAUGCUCUUUCCAAACCAGACCCCUGUGUCAUCCUCAAGAUGCAGAGCCAUGGGCAGUGGUUUGAGGUUGACAGGACAGAGGUGAUUCGUACCUGCAUAAACCCAGUGUACUCAAAACUGUUUACUGUGGACUUUUACUUUGAAGAGGUUCAGCGCCUGCGGUUUGAAGUCCAUGACAUCAGCAGCAACCACAAUGGGCUGAAGGAGGCUGACUUCCUGGGGGGCAUGGAGUGCACCCUGGGCCAGAUUGUUUCCCAGAGAAAGCUGUCCAAAUCCUUGCUGAAGCACGGGAACACGGCAGGAAAAUCUUCCAUCACGGUAAUCGCUGAAGAAUUAUCUGGCAAUGAUGACUAUGUGGAACUCGCAUUCAAUGCACGAAAACUGGAUGACAAGGAUUUCUUCAGUAAAUCUGACCCAUUCCUGGAAAUUUUUCGCAUGAAUGACGAUGCCACUCAGCAGCUUGUGCACCGAACUGAGGUUGUGAUGAAUAACUUAAGCCCAGCCUGGAAAUCAUUCAAAGUAUCAGUAAACUCUCUAUGCAGUGGAGAUCCAGAUCGCCGGCUGAAGUGCAUAGUCUGGGACUGGGACUCCAAUGGCAAGCAUGACUUCAUUGGAGAAUUUACCUCAACAUUCAAGGAGAUGAGAGGAGCAAUGGAGGGGAAACAGGUGCAGUGGGAGUGCAUCAAUCCCAAGUACAAAGCCAAGAAGAAGAAUUACAAGAACUCAGGCAUUGUGAUUCUGAAUCAGUGCAAGAUCCACAAGAUGCACUCCUUCUUGGACUACAUCAUGGGUGGCUGUCAAAUCCAGUUUACAGUUGCUAUAGAUUUCACUGCCUCAAAUGGGGACCCCAGGAACAGCUGCUCCUUGCACUAUAUCCACCCUUACCAACCCAAUGAGUAUCUCAAGGCCUUGGUGGCUGUUGGGGAGAUUUGCCAAGACUAUGACAGUGACAAAAUGUUCCCAGCCUUUGGAUUUGGCGCCAGGAUACCACCAGAGUAUACGGUCUCUCAUGACUUUGCAAUCAACUUUAAUGAAGACAACCCAGAAUGUGCAGGAAUCCAAGGAGUUGUGGAAGCCUAUCAGAGCUGCCUUCCUAAGCUCCAGCUCUAUGGCCCCACCAACAUCGCCCCCAUCAUUCAGAAAGUCGCCAAGUCAGCUUCGGAGGAGACUAACACCAAGGAGGCUUCGCAAUACUUCAUCCUGCUGAUCCUGACAGACGGUGUCAUCACAGACAUGGCGGACACCCGGGAGGCCAUUGUCCAUGCCUCCCACCUCCCCAUGUCGGUCAUCAUCGUUGGAGUGGGGAAUGCUGACUUCAGUGACAUGCAGAUGCUGGAUGGUGACGAUGGGAUUCUGAGGUCGCCCAAGGGAGAGCCUGUCCUUCGAGACAUCGUCCAGUUUGUGCCCUUCAGGAACUUCAAACACGCAUCUCCAGCUGCCCUUGCAAAGAGUGUGUUGGCUGAAGUCCCAAACCAAGUUGUGGACUAUUACAAUGGCAAAGGAAUUAAACCAAAAUGUUCAUCAGAAGUAUACGAGUCUUCCAGGACACUAGCUCCAUGAACUCCUCACACUUUUACAGAGUUCUGAAAUAUUACUCCUGMUAAUAUUUAAUACUUCUACUCUACCUGUAUUUAAAAAAAUAAUAAUACACAUUUUAAAAUAGCACGUUUUGGUGAUUUUCAACUAACUGACAAAUUUUUUUUUGCAUGUGUAGCCCCAAAACCUGAAUCUGUUAAGCCCUUGUAUUGUUAAAAGACUUUUUACAAAAAAAAAAAAAAUACAAAUCAUAAUAACUUACUCUUUACAGCAUGUCGCCUUGAAAUAAAAUGGUAUAUGUAUCCGUUUUUUAUACAGGUUUGUUCAAAUUUUGCUAAAUUUCUUAUUAUCUUUACACUGUAAAGCAUUUUGAAACAUUUAUUGAACGUUGAUAGCCAAAACAUAACUUUGGUUUUAUCUGUCACAAGAUGAGAGACUUUUCAAAAUGGCAGAUGCAUGGACUGUAUUUUGCAUGUUUAAAAUAAUAAUAAUUAUAAUAAAAAACCCUCACACUGUUUUUGCAGUUGUUAUCUAUAAUUUCUCCCUGCUGAGAAUGGUCUCUCUAACUAAUAAAAUUUAUCCACCUAGAGGUAGUCUUGUUGAACUGCAUCUGGGCAUUGAGCCCAGCCCCUCUCUCACUUCACCAUGUACACAAAUCUCCAGUGAGUCUUGUUAAAAUUCAGAUUUUAAUGCAGUAAGUCUGUGUGGAGCCCAAGUUUCUGCAUCUCUAACAAGGUCCCAAGUGAUGCCAAUGCCUAAGAUGGGUGAGGUUCUAGAUGUUAGGGUGUCAUAAUAGAGAUCAUCCCAAACAGGGCAGCUCCCUCCAAUCUGCUUGAGAAUGGCACCCCAUCUCUGCCAAUCAUAUACUGUCCUACCUGUCUCAGAGGUGAGAGUAGAAAGUAACCAAACUGAUUCCAGUAGYUGCACAUCUCAAAUCAGUCUCACUGCUUUAUACUCAUACCUCUUCCUUAAACAAGACUAGGGGGUGCUCCUCAUGGCUUGUCCCUGCUCUCUUCAAAGAGACAACACACAAUACUGCAUGAAUGGUACCAAUUUUACAUCAAUCCCUGGGAAUGAGUGACCCCAGAGUCUUCAUUGCAGCCACAAGGAUGGAAUCUUGUCUGUGGCAAAUGGCCAUGCGAUAUUUAAUAUUCCCAGAUAUURAUCUUUGUGCUUAAUGUGGGGCUUCUUUUUGCCUCUUUUUUAUCACUCCUGAGAGCAAUCUUGACACACAGAAAUACCUGGGAUUGUUUUUUAGGAUGGAGGUGUUCUAUUGGAGUAUGCAGGUUCAUCUUGAAACAAAACAAUGAAUGUUUCACUCGUCUCAUCUUCUCUCAGAAAGCAYAAAAGGCACAAAGAGGAAUUUUUUUUCAUCAAAGAGAUGAAUUAAAUCACAAGAUAAAAUAAAUCUGUUUGUUCUGUGUUUGAGGGAGAGCAGGAUGAAUAAGAAAAUAAUAAUAAGCCUUGUACAAUUUCCAGAGUUAUAAUUAUAAGAUCCUAAUCUUGCAAAUACAUGUCAACCAAAUGCACAACAUUUUGGGAAUGAUGGGAAAAAAUGUAUGACUGAAAAAAAUCAUAAAUAUUUAAACUGGAUUGUUUUAUGAAUAAAUUGGGUACUUACAGAAAAUUUUCU